AUGAUGCUGAAGAUUAAGGCAGCCCAGAGUGAAAGAAAUCGUUUGUCAAUGCUUCUUGCCGAAUAUAUUGAUGAUGUUGUAGUAAGCCAAAAUGUCUGUGCAAUCAAGUCAUGCAAAGAUUCACUUUGGCUUCUAGCAACAGAAUUAUUGUCUGCUUUUGAUUAUCCAGAUCCUACAACACACUUUAUGUUCGAAGAUGCUCCAGAAAUUAGUGAAGAUGGUAUUAAAAAUAUUCUUUCUUUUUAUGAGUUUGGAAAAUCAUGUUUUCAACAGGUACUUGCGGAAGAUGUAUACAAGACCGAAAUUCCAGCUCCUGGACAUAGUUUACGAAAUAUAAAUUCCUAUAGCUAUGCUAAACUUGAUAUUAUAAAAAAGCAAAAAAAUAAAAACAAAGGUAAAAAUUCUAUGCGAAUUCAAGAAGAUGUUUCAACAUCACAUCAAAUGCCAUUACCUUCUGAGGCUAACCUUCCAAAACAGACCCGUCAUACUACAACUGAUGCAGAAAAACAAAUACUUGCCAAAUUAUUUCAAGCUGAAGAAGGAAUGCCUGAAACCAUAAUUCCAAUAAUUGUGACAGAACUUCAAACUGUAUCUUUAGAUUGGACAAAAGAAAGAGUCAAACAAUAUUAUAAAAAUAACUAG